AUGUCCUCAUCAUCUUCUUUGGCUGCUUCAAUUGUUGCCAUUGUAACAUCAUCAUCAGUAUCAUCAUCAACAACAACAAAUGAUCUUCCUAUUCACAAUAAACUACCACCGGCCAUGACGACUGCCGCAACUGCAGCAGCUUCUACUACGGCGCCGUCAUCCACGUCUACCCUGACCAACAAUGUAGGAGGCAUUGCAUCUGCUGGUUCGGGUAAUUAUGUUGAUGGCGUCAGUGAAGCUGGAGACAGGAAGAAGCUCAUUGAUCGUGCUGAAGAAAAUCCCACAGGGCGUUCAAAUCGAAAAAACAAUUGGAAUUACCCAGCUGAUUAUAUAAGUAAUAAUGAUGACUCUGAUGGCAGGGAUUAUAAUGGAGUUCAUGUCAAAUCUAAAAAUAGUCACGAUUUCCAGAAAGUAAGAUAUGAAAGUGAAAGUAGAGAUGGGGGUGUGAAAUUAAAUAAUUACAAAAGUAAAUCUUAUUUCAAUGAAGCAGGUCCAAUGGCAAGAGGAGAUAGGAACAGAUUGGCUGGCAAGGCUACAACAUCAUCCUUGGGUAGGCAUAAUGAAGAUUUCAGUAGAAGUUCACUUGUAAAGCAUAAACCCUACAGCACAGCUGUUGAUAAAAUGUAUGCUGGCCAGGAUGUAAAUGAAAACAUCGCUGACCAAUCACAAAAUGGGUAUCAUUUUGAAAGAAGCAAUCAGAUUGGUCGAAGCAGAGGUAAGGACAAAGGUGCAAUUGAUCAGCAACCAAGUGAGUAUAAUUAUUUCAACGAAGGAGGUGUUGGUAGAAGAGGUCCAGACAUGGAUGACAUGUACGUAAAAGAGUUGUCUGCUUUCAAGAUCAAGAAUCAUUACAACCGUGAAGAUGCUGAUGGUGGCAACAACAGUAAAGAUAACAAAGUUGAUGGUGAUGGAAAAAAGGUUCUUGGUGACAGCGUAAGGGAGGAGGGAGAAGGUGGCGAGAAUUAUUCGAGAAAGUCAAGUAAACCUUUUUUAAAAUCCAAGCAGCCAGCCUUGAAAUUGUUUUCGUCGCCGGCCUCACAAUUCAAACAUGGCAGAAGCAAAAACAGCAGCAGCGGCAUCAACAACGACAACAAUGACGAUGGCGAUGAUAAUAAGAACGCCGAUGAGCGCCUCACUAACCAGCAACGCUAUUCUCGUCCGUCAUCAUCUUCUUCAUCGUCUUCUUCUUCUUUGUAUAUGCACCAAUCAGCUGAACCCCGGAAUGGCUAUUUCAAGAAAUAUUAUCGAGACCACUAUAAGAGGAGAGAUGAUGAUGGGGAGGAGGAUGCCAGCAACGUAGAUGACGAAGAAGUUGCAUCGUACAAUGACCGGUUCGUCAAUCCUGCGGCUGAUUAUUUACUAAGUGACUCGAGAGGCAGCAGAUACAACAACAAUAACAACAGAUACUUCAACGAUUACAAUGAUUAUGAAACCAAGCUUAAAUACGAUCCGGUCUAUCGGGACUUGUUGCUGGAUAGAUACAGAUCCUAUUACAAUAGUAAAGUUGGACGCCAAAUGAAGAACCACAAUGAUCUCAAUUAUUUUGAUUUGUUUUAUAGGGGUAGAGACCCUUCAACUGAGAUGUUGGAAACAACUGAUCAUUCCAAAUCAACCCCGCGUUUCUCCACUGGUUCGCCUACAGAACUGCUUCCCGCGACCACCGCACCAGCUCCACUCUCGACGACAGCAGCUUCAAAAUCUGCAGAUAGGAAAAAUAAGAGUAGUGUUGUGGCGAAUGUAGGUCAGAGAGAGGUCAACACAGGAAGCGUGUCACCACCUCAGAUGAUCCUCGAGUUGGUGAACACUCACCACCGUGUACAUGGCACUGAUAAUGAAUCUUAUGAUAAUUUAAAAGGCGGAGCUAUAGUAGCGUUAUCGUUGGGAAUCGCUUUGACGUUGUUAUCUCUAAUCUUGCUAUUCUGCAGACUGCAGAGUUGCAAAAGGUUAAGUAGGAAGAACAAGGCAAAAAAUAUGAGCGGUGAUUCAGAUUAUUUAAUCAAUGGCCUCUACCUCUGAAAAUUUUAUCUUGUUACGUGCUGCAUUCACGUUCAAUAUGGCUCUGAGUUAAUGAUGUGUGCUUCAUGUUGUUGGCUGGUUGGUUGGUUGGCUGAUGAUGCAUUUUACACAUUUCUACGUUGCUUUUUAGCGAGGAGGUGUGCCAGGAGGUGAAUCUCAAAUUUCGUUUGAUCGAUUGUUAGUGUUUGCAUUCGCCGUACAUACUUGCGCAUGUAUAUACUUAUAUACAGCAUCCAUUACUGUUUAUUUAUUUUUUUAAUAUUUUGAUGUUUGUUAUCUAUUUAAACGUAUUCAUAAAUUUAUAUUAUUUAUUAUAUGUAUAUAUUUUUAGACAUUUUUGAAGCCGUGGAAAUAAGCUUCAAAUUGUUGAUGAUAUUAUAUGUAAAUAAGUUUAUGUUUAAUUCUCGAGUAAGUUGUUUUGAAACAUUCCCAUUAUAUUUCAUUCAUGUAACUCGGACUCAAACAAAGUUCGGUUCAUUAUUUGUUGGCUAAUUUUAUUAAAACUCUAAUCUUAAUA